AUGGAUAAAGCUGAACAGAAGAAUGGUACUGCCGUGGGGAGUGCAGCAGGUCCAGUACUGUUCGGGGAGCCUAAUGGGGACUACGGCACGAACAAGCUCGCCACUAGUGACGACAUCGUCAAGGAUCUUCUCAAUGAUGUGAGGCAAUCAGAGAAGAUCUCCGACGAUGAUGAUUUACCGGUUGGAGCCGACUUCCGGACAGUUAUGAAAGAAGCAAAGUUGAAAAUAAAUAUAUCGAGCAAAAUCGGAUCGUCGUUUGAUCUGGCGGCUUUGCCUGUUGUUCCACCACUUGGAAAACCUCCAUCUAUCAAUACAUUUCCUUUGUCUAAACCAGUUAAAAAAGAUGAGGAUGAAAUGAUGCAACCAUCUUCCACAAAACGAGAAUCCGACAUCCUUAAUAAGGUCAUCGCUGAAAAGGGUCGAGGCGAUUUCAUUCCUAGGAAUUUGAAGGUGAAAUAUGUCAACAGUGAGAACCCGGCGAACCAUAACCAAGGGAAAUGUGAUGGGUUCAAGAAAACCGAGCCCAGGUUACUUGAUAAGAGCAAAGGUGAAAGCUUUGUUGAAGUUUCGCCUGAUGAAGAUGAAAAGAAUGUUGAAUUUGUACCUUCUGCUCCGCCUCAACGUUCUAUGUCUCCGAUGGCUUUGACAUCAGUUGCUCCUCCAGCUCCUGAACCAGUCAGUGAUGGAGAGCUAGAGAAAGAGAUAGCAGAAGAAUUAACUGCGGCUGCACAGCCAAAGGUGUUGUUCAGCUUGCAGUGUAAUUAA